UUUCUUUAAACAAAAUAAAAAACAUCAUGGAUCCUUUUUUUCCUGAGAAUCUUCUUCUAGGUGAUGUUUUUUGGGAUGAACAACCUCUUCUUUCAACAAGUAAUUUUGUUCAAACACAACCUCGUCCUAUACAAAAUCCAAGUGCUUUUGUUCAAUAUAGAGACCAACAACCCAAGAUUAGUUUAGGAAAACAAAGUUCUUUAAAAGGCUCCAAUUCACAUUCCAUGAACAAGAGAAUGUUUGCAUUUUUGAGAAAAAGUUUGCCGGUAGAGAGAAGUAAAGUAGCUGAUUGCGAAAGAGAACGUGGCUUCAAACACAUGAUUAGUGAAAGAAUGAGAAGACAAAGACAGAGACAGUGUUGCCUCAACUUACAUUCUGUUUUACCUCAUGGAACCAAAACGGAUAAUAAUUCAGUAGUUCAAACAGCAGCUAAGGAAAUUCGAAGAAUGCAAGGAUGCAAAGAGGAGUUAGAGAGGAAAAACUUUGUGCUAGAAGGAAAUAUCAAGGAAAGAAAAUCCCAGCAUUUGAGAGUGACAUAUUCAUCUACAUCUGGAAUUGAUUCUAUAGUUGAGACACUGAAAUUGUUGAAAGGACAUGGUGUGGACACUAGAAGGAUCAAGACAGAUUUUUCUCAUCAAGAGUUUUUUGCAGUCUUGGAGAUAGAAACUGAGAUUGGAGAAGAUGAUGUGGCAGAGGCUGUUAAGAGAACACUUGAUGAACUUGAGUGGAAGUUUCAUUCUCAUGUCCAAGAAGGUUCUGAAAAGCAAAUAUGACAUCCAUUUUAAAUUGAAUGUCAGUUUAAUAUUUUUGUAAAUAGAUUAAUAAAUAUGAUAAAGUUGUCUAUAGUAAAUUUACUUCUUUAGCUAUCGGUGUAAUUUCAUCAUCAUAAAUAAUAUUUUGACAAUGAUGUAUAUAAUUGAUAUUCUCUGCAUUUUAUAUCAAGUGUCUCCUUUAUA